UUGGGUGAUGCUUGUGGCGCCAAGUCUUUAAAUGUGUUUAUUUACCGCCUCACACCGUACAGCGUGACCGUUAAACGCAGUGACAACACAAAACACAGCUGAAGCGCUGGUGGAAGAUGCCAAAGGUUGAGCGGCGAGCCCGGUGUGUGUUUCACGAGUAUUAUUAUUAUUAUUAGUGUUUAGAGAGACGGUAGUGUGAAACGAACAUGGCGGAGGACCGGGGGAAGAAGCGUCUGAAAUCGGUCUGUGUGUAUGACUGCCGCCCCGAGAGCAGCGCAGCCCCGCCGCGGGCGAUAGACAUCGCGAACUGGGACUACAACAUGUUUCUGCAGGCGGUCAGACAGGUGUUUUCACUUUCGCGAAACGAAACUUUCGUUAUCAGCACGACGGACCGGAGGGAGAUUGAUGAAGAGCUUUACAAGGAACUGGAUGAUGGGAAAACUUUGCAUCUGCUUCAGUCUGUGGAUCAGCAGCUGCCUGCAGCGACUCAAGAGCGGAUUGAGUAUCUGCCUCACUAUCACACUCUGGUGCAAUGUGGCAUGUACGAGUACUACGCUAGUGAGGGACAAAAAGCCCUGCCUUAUGCGUUUGCUGAGCUCAUUGAUAAUGCGCUGUCAGCCACAGCAAACAACACGGGAAUCCGGAGCAUUGAAAUCAGACUGUUGUUUGAUGAAGCUCAGGGGGGACCUGCAGUCGUGGUGAUGGAUAACGGAUGCGGAAUGACAUCUAAGCAGCUGAACAACUGGGCUGUUUACCGUCUGUCCAAAUUCAUACGAGAAAACGGCGUGUUUCAUGGUGAUCAUAGUGGUUACGUGCGGCCCGUUCCGGUUCCACACAGUCUGAACAGUGACAUCUCGUAUUUCGGAGUUGGAGGCAAACAGGCUGUGUUUUACAUCGGUCAGUCUGUCAGGAUGAUUAGUAAACCUGUGGGAUCUCCAGAUGUUCAUGAGUUUGUCAUGUCAAAAGAAGAUUUUGAGCGAAAGGAGAAAAACAAGGAAGACAUUUACUCUGGCUUCAUCAGAAACAGGAAGCCUGGCGAUUUCUCUCACUUGAAUGUGAGUGAGGAGCAGUUCCUGCAGUCCAUUGUUUUGGAAGAGGAAGGUAAGGAGAGCUUCACUGCAGUUGUGAUCACUGGAAUCCAAGCCGAACACAUCAUCUACCUCAAACAACACUUCAGUCUGUGGACCAGAGAGUUGGCGCACACUUAUCAUUACUAUAUACACGGCAUUGAUGGAAACAACCAGAAAAAAACAAGAAAGACUGACUCUGUGUCCAACAUUGACGUUCAGAUCAGUUUGUUUGAGCGCUCCACUCGAGUUCCCCGCGUGAUGAACCUGCGUCAGGUGGAUAAUGACAUGCAGACGCUGUAUGUGAACGCCAGCGUGUCAACGUUUGAGUUUAAAGCCACUGGAGCUGGAGAUUCAUUAGUAGAGGGAUUAAUCCGAUAUCAUCCGUUCCUCUACGAUCGAGAAACGUACCCAGUGGAUCCAUAUGCAGCAGCUCCCGUAGAGGAUGAAGAUGAAGAGUUUAUUGUUUUGAAUCCCGAGGGCCGUGGGAAACGUCCGAUCUUUGAGUGCUUCUGGAAUGGACGUCUGAUCCCCUACACUUCUGUCUCAGAGUUUGAGUGGUGUGCGAGGCCCAAGAAAGCAGGUCCUGUACCUCUGGAGUGUUAUAACCGCAUCUCAGGAGUCCUCUUUGCCAAUGACCGAUUCCAGGUCAGCACCAACAAACUGACUUUCAUGGACCUCGAGCUUCAACUCCGAGACAAAGACACCAUCUUUACCAGAAUGUACAAUGGCCAGGAGCUGCGCGUGAAGAUCCACAAGGAGUUUACCAGCUGGUUAAAGGAGUGUCAUGAGCGCUUUGAUAAGCAGGUGGAGUUUGAGGGAUUUAUGGGCGUGAUGGCACGGCAGGAUGUAGCCAUCAAACGGCUGCAGUCACCUUGGGCUCAAUUCAAAGCCAUUAAAUGGGACGGCAAGACUUACAAGAAAGGACAAUAUGUGAAGUCGGUGAAAACUCACCCGAUUUUCUUUGGCUCUAUCGUUCAGUUUCUGCUCUUUGGAGAUCAUGAAGGUGAUGUGUACGCUACAGGAGGACACGUGCAAGUUGCACUGGAACCGAAGGAGCUGUAUGAUGAGCAGAGAAUCAUUCCCAUCUCAAAGAUUGACCGACAGGCUACAGCCGCGACCAUUACCAAGAACAUUGAAGAUGAGCUCACAAAACUUCCAGACCGGUUGAGGGUUUCAUGGCCUGAGGGAAACCCAUGUUUCGAGAACGACACCCGAACGACUGGAUCACCCUUGGGUCCGAUUAAAGUGGAGAUUUUGAACAAGAAAGGAGAGUCGAUGUCUCGUCUGCCUGUGACUGUCAAUACCAAGAAACUCUUGAUUGAACUCAAAGUCAUCUGGCACGCUCCUAAAAGAGACGUCCAGACUAACUCUUACAUCGGUGUGCAUUCAUCCAAGUGGGAGUACUGGUUCAAAGCUAUGGAGAAUCUCAAUAAACUUGGGAACUACACGCUGCAUCUGCAGACGAUACUGAGUGACAGCUCCGCCUGUGAAUGGGCCGGGAAGAGACUACCUCACUACACCCUUAAUUUCUCUAUUAAAGAGGGUGAAGCGGUAUCUUUUGUGCUAGCCUGCAUUACCUCUCCUCUCCAGGUGGGGGUGCCCUUCAGUAUACCUGUAGAGUUCAAAGAUGCGUUUGAUUAUCCCACACAGCCACCCUGUGACAUCAAACCCCAAAUGGAGUGCAGUUCACUAGAGUUGAGUUAUGCAGGGAUUGCUUUUGGGACCACGACUGUCAUCAAAGAUGUGAGAGCCAAGGGAAAAUGUAAUAAUAACCAGAACAAGGAGCACAGAGUGAAGGUUUUAAUCCAAGGGAUGAAGAACAGCCAGGCUUUGCUAAUUGUUGUGAACCCGGGCCCUCCACACACACUCGUGGUGUUACCGGAUGAUGACGUCAUCUCUAUUGAGAACGGAAGUCCAGCUAAUUUUAGAGUGGAAGUUCAUGAUGAGUGCCAGAAUAUCACCACUCAACCCAAACUCACCGUCCGCUGUCAGUUACUGGGAGCUCCUGAUCUGCCCGUGGAUGUUGUAGAUUGCAGUAACACCGGGUCUGGACUCGUGAUGGCUAAACCAGUCCUGCUGAAGACCAUCAAUACUGAACAGAUCAUCACCGCUAGAUUCAACAUUCCUAACCAUAAAACGGUGGCGUUUGUGGAGCGUAAGCUGCGUGUGUUACCCAGCUCACGGGUCUCGCGUCUGGAGGUAUACAGACAGGACGAGGGCUCUAAUGAUGUCAUGGUGCUGCAGAAUUUGGAGCGCAUUGAUUGGACAGCAGGGGACACAUUAGGAAACCUGUAUUUUAGACUGUACGACGAGGGCGAUCGGCCAAUUGGCCUAACUCCACAGCUGACCAACAAGAUUAAGGUAAACUGGACCGCAAAGAUGAAUGCAGAUCUUUCUCAGGGAAAACUGCCAGAUGUAUGUGUCCCGACUCAAGCGCUCCGAGAGAAUUUCUAUCAUGUGUCCUUCCACGACCAGAAAAUAGUUAACACGUCCUUCAUCAUAGUGCCUCGACCGGAUGAGCCCGAGCGUUUGCGGGUCACCCUCAGCAAAUCAACCGUUAAAAUGGGUGAAACUGUGGCAGGGCACAUCGAUGUGAUUGAUCAAUAUGGAAAUAAAACGGACUGUCUCAAUGCCAAAUGUUUGAAUAGUUUGAGUGUGUCUGCUGAUGGCCUGGACAAAGAAACUCUGAUCGUAGAAUGGGAGGCCAGUACUGUGCAAGUGUCAGUGUCUGGUAUCCGGUUUGUGUCGGGGACUCCUGGACCGAAGGAGAUGUGCUUCAAGUACCAGAACAUGGAGGAAUUUGUGCGGAUUAGAGUUACUGUGGGACCUCCGGCACGGAUCUCACUAAUGGACAAGCCUGAGAUGCCUCUGCAGGUGUUGAACGGUCAAGGUUUGAGCACACCGUUUGUUCUCCAGCUGUGUGAUGAAUGGGGAAAUCCUUCUCCAGACCAGCGGAUCAUCAUCGCAAUGAAGACUCGCUCCCCGUUGCUGAAGGUGAAGUCUUCAGUGACGUCUCAGCCUGUAGAUGUAGAAGGAAAGGCUAGCUUCCUGUUAGAAGCAAUAAGUGCUCCCAAAGGCGAGCAUCAAUUGGAAUUCCGUGGAUCUUUUAGCAAGAACAGUAUUCCGGGGCCUGUAGUGACGUUAAAUGUUAUUCCAGAUCCCAACAAACCUGUCAAACUUCGAAUUGAAUUUGACCGAGCAGCCACUUUACGUGCAGGAGAUGUCUUUCCAGUGUUUACAGUAUUGGUGUUGUCUGAAGAAGGCAGUCCAGUGAAGAACAUUUGUCCAGCCAGCCUGUCAAUGCUGCUGUGGCAUGGCGUAACGUCAGGGUCCAGCCCACCCUCAACAGCCACGCCUCUCAAGUGUAGUAAACAGAAAGACAAUGGAAAAGACGGCUGCUUCUGCUUCAGGGAUAAACAGAUUCCAGAACUAGCAGGGAAGUACGUCACCCAGUUUGUUUUGGCGGUAGACAAAACCAAAUAUCUGUGGAGCCAGCAGAUUCCUCUAAAUGUUGCUCCAAAUAAAGCAACGAAAUUAUCGCCUGAGGCUCCGCCCUCGACUCCCGUCGUGUCCAAUAGCAACACUCGGGCCAAUCGCAUGCUGCUGGACAGCUUGUGUCUGAAGAUCAUGGACCAAUUCAGUAAUGCAGCCGGUGAGGGGAUUGAUGGACAGGUGGUUGUCACGGUGACGGGUACAGGAGACGUGGCGGUUCCUUUGUUUGAGCAUGACAACAGAAGUGUGACGUACACUCUUACUAAUGGAGAGGCGCUCAUUACCGAUUUGGCUCUUUUGGAGAACAGUCCUGGUGUGGAUGGUGCUGAAUACACCCUGAACUUUCACUUUGAAGAUCAGCAGUCUGGUGUCUCCAUCACUCCAUUCACCCUGCCUUUCAUAUUCUGCAACGAUGCUGAACGUCAGAAAGUCAUGACGACUCUGAGUAAGAAGAAAGAUCGUCUGUCCCAAACCGUUUUGAUGUACCGUGAGAUCUUUGACACCAACGAGCAGCUCAAAUCUGAACUUGACUGUCAGGUGCGAGAUGCAUCUAACAAACUGAAUGAACUCAAACCUCAGAUUAUAAAGAGUGGCUUAAACAUCUCCGAACUAACCACUGUAUCAGCAAUAGAGAAUGUAAUAAAUGGGAGAAAAGAUCAUUUAAAGAUGAUGGAGGAGCAGCCUCGACGGAAAUGCCUCAUUCCAGAUCCUUUCAAAGGGAUCCCAGGAGUUCUGGGGAAGGUAGCUCAUCUGGCGCAAAUAGAGGAUGAUGAUGCAGCGAAGGUGAUCUCCUGGCAUCUGCUGGGUGACAUGGACUGUGUGGUCACUGAAACGACCGCUGCGGCCAAGAGAAUCUAUGAUGAUACACAAGGGCGACAGCAAGUCAUCCCGCUUGAGACUGUGUUUUGGAGACCAAACAACAGGCCGCUGCCUCACAUCAGGAAUGGUUCGGCUCUCUUCCGUCCUCUUGGAAAUCCAAUUUUUAUCAAAGAUCUGCUUAUUUUUCCUCAAUUUGUAGAAAGCUGCAAUAAAGUGUUUACGAGUCUUCUUGGAGACACUAUCCUGGUGGAUGACUUGGAUUCUGCUAACGAUUAUCGCAGGGGGGUCGUCCAGAAUAAAGUGCUGUGUCCAACGCUUCUAACUCGUCAUGGUGAACGGAUCCGCAGCAACGGCAAGUUUGGAGGCCUACAGAAUAAAGCUCCGUCCAUAGAGAAACUGAGAGGUCAAGUGUUUGGUGCUCCAUUACCCAAAGAGUACAACAACACACACGCUCAGCUCGAGUUGUUGCAGCAGUAUUUGGUUGCGAUGAAGAAGGCAUCUGAAGUUCAAUCUGACCUUAACAUUCAUUUGCAAUACCUGCAAAGUCCUCCGAUGAAACGCAAGCGACAGGAACUCAAGCAGCAGGAGCAAGAGCUGAGAGACAUUGAGGAAACGCUCACCAGUGCUCCUGAGCGAUUGUCUCGCGCUGUGACAGUAAAACGAACCCUUGAGCCGGAAACACCUAAUCCUGAUGUUCCUACUAAAAGAACCCGCCGCAAAAGCCACAAACUGGAUUCAUGAUGUAUUGCGAGGAGGCAGUGAUGACUCUCCCAACAGCACUUACCUGCUGCAAAACUUUACUGGAAGUCUCACAUAAGGGAGUCUAUGAUUUUUGAGAGUUUAUUUUGAGUAUCAAAGACCGAUCGAUUGUUCCAAGUUUGUAUUUCUAAGCAAAUCUUUCAGUUCUCUUUUUAUAUUUGACAAGUUUACUGAUAAAAUUGUUCCUGUUAGAUUUUAACAGACAAGGCAGCUUACGUGAAUGGACUGGGUCCAUGUAUAUUUUGUAUCUUUCUGUGGGAGAACAUUGUUUACUCUUACACGAAGGUCUUGUCUUUUCUUUAAUCAACACGUCUUGCAGCAAUCGCACUAUCUGUAAGAGCAAACAUUUUUUAUAAAAGUGAAAUAAGACAUGGCCCGAGGAUACAGCUAUUACAUGUGAUUGUUUUAUGGCAGUGGACCUUAUGAUGUCAUAGAGGGUGCACAGCCAUCAAUAACCACCCAUUAAAAGAAAUGACUGUCCUAUUUUUUACUGUUCUUCACUUUUUGCAGAUGUUCUCUAUAACAAACCAACUUUUUUAUUUUAAAUAAUCGUGUUCGUACAAGAGAGCUAUGACUGAAUGUAAAAUAAAUGUUUCG